CCUUGGCCCAUUAAUCAAUAAACAAGGUUCCUAGGCUUGACCUAGUCCUCCACUCCGACUUGUCAGAGUCAGGCAGCCGCGUAUACCACUCCUGGGGCAGGGCGGGAGAGUAUUGUCUGACCUAGAGUUUUGCUACCACCUUUUUAAAGUGAUCUUAGCUUGCUUCUUAUGUGGGAACUGCCUAGACUUCCUGCUUUUCACUACAGAAGCUUCUGAUCUACCGUUGCCAGAGACGUAAGCACACACCUUUAGGAUAUCGUUCACAUUAGGCCGGAGAGCUCUUCUCUGCUUGCUCUAAAAUGCUGAGGUACUGGGGAGAGAUACCGAUACCGACAGGACAGACCAACAGAAGUUCCUUUGAUCUGCUCCCACGGGAGUUCCGUCUGGUGGAAGUCCAUGACCCGCCCCUGCACCAGCCCUCAGCCAACAAGCCGAAGCCCCCCACGAUGCUGGACAUUCCCUCAGAACCGUGUAGCCUCACCAUCCAUACCAUUCAGUUGAUCCAACACAACCGACGUCUGCGCAGCCUUAUUGCCACAGCUCAGACCCAGAGUCAGCAGCAGACAGAGGGUGUGAAGGCUGAAGAGAGUGAACCUCUUCCCUCCUGCCCUGGCUCACCUCCUCUCCCUGAUGACCUCCAGCCUUUAGACUGUAAAAAUCCCAAUGCUCCAUUCCAGAUCCGGCACAGUGACCCAGAGAGUGACUUUUACCGCGGGAAAGGAGAACCUGUGACAGAGCUGAGCUGGCACUCCUGCCGUCAGCUCCUCUACCAAGCAGUCGCCACAAUCCUGGCCCACACAGGCUUUGAGUGUGCUAAUGAAAGUGUCCUGGAGACCCUAACUGACGUGGCACAUGAAUACUGCCUCAAGUUCACCAAGCUGCUGCGCUUUGCUGUCGACCGAGAGGCCCUGCUGGGACAGACUCCUUUCCCUGAUGUAAUGGAACAGGUGUUCCAUGAAGUGGGCAUUGGCAGUGUGCUCUCCCUGCAGAAGUUCUGGCAGCACCGCAUCAAGGACUAUCACACUUACAUGCUACAGAUUAGUAAGCAGCUCUCUGAAGACUAUGAAAGGAUUGUGAAUCCCGAGAAGGCCACAGAAGACACUAAACCUGUGAAGAUCAAGGAAGAGCCUGUGAGCGACAUCACAUUUCCUGUCAGUGAGGAGCUGGAGGCCGACCUUGCUCCUGGGGAUCAGUCCUUACCCAUCGGGGUCCUCGGGGCUCAGAGUGAGCGCUUCCCAUCCAACCUGGAGGUGGAGGCUUCGCCACAGGCUCCAAGUGCCGAGGUCAAUGCUUCUCCUCUCUGGAACCUGGCUCACGUGAAAAUGGAGCCUCAAGAAAGUGAAGAGGGCAAUGUGUCUGCGCAUGGGGUGCUGGGCAGUGAUGUCUUUGAGGAGCCAAUGUCAGGCAUGAGUGAGGCUGGACUCCCUCAGAGCCCUGACGACUCAGACAGCAGCUAUGGUUCCCACUCCACUGACAGCCUCAUGGGGUCGUCCCCUGUUUUCAGUCAGCGCUGCAGGAAGAGGAUGAGGAAGAUUUAACUGCAGAGCGACAGACCUGCACCAGCCAGCAGAAGGCCCUGAGGGCUGGAUGUUUCCACAAGUAGUAAUUAGAUUGUAUUCUUUUUUUUUGUUGUUUUUUCGAGACAGGGUUUCUCUGUGUAGCCCUGGCUGUCCUGGAACUCAU